AUGGCUUCCCAUAUCAAAGGGGUACAACAUACAACCAUGACAUAUGAAAUGCAUAAAGCAUUGUGCGAGUAUAAAAGCGAGAAUCCAACUUCAUCUCAAAAAGAGCUACAAAAAUGGGUUUUUGAAAAAUUUAACAUCCAGAUUAGUCAAGCGACAAUAUCAAAUACAAUUAAGCGGUCAUUGAAAUAUCUCUCGGCUGAUUUGAUGAAACCUAAUGACAUAAGACACAAAUCUGUAAAGUUUCCAAAUCUAGAAAAUGCUUUGUAUGAAUGGAUUCUUCAACAUCAAGAGCGGGUAAAUAUAUCGAGGGAGUUAAUUCAAGAGAAGGAUACAAAUUUUAUGAAAAUAUUGUAUGGUGAUAAUGGUCUAGAGUUUUAUUACUCUCUUGGUUGGGUGGAGAGGUUUAAAUCACGACAUGGUAUCAAGUCCUUUAGGCGUUUUGGCGAAAGUGGGUCUGUCAAUAUGGGAGAUGAGGAUAACAGCUUGCCAACAAUAAGAGAGAAAUUAUGGUUGUUUACCAUGAAAUAUGUUUUUAACAUGGAUGAAAUUGGGGUGUUUUAUAGAUUACAAGUUGAUCAUUCAUUGGCUAAAAAAACAACUUGA